AUGUCGAUACCGGAGGUCCCAUGGAACCCGACGGAAAACAGCUUGAUUAUUACGCUGGAGGAGGCGCUCCUCGCCCACCGCGCAGCCCUGGCGCUGUGCGACCACAUCAGCAGCGACGCGCUCCCGCAGCCGACCAAUAUUCGGCACGUGGUGCUCCCGUCGCUCGGCUACGUCUACCAGAUGCCGGGCCGCCUCACCAGCGCUCUUGAGCGCAUUGAGGAGGCGGAACGGAACCUGCCCCGCGACGACCCGGGUCGUCUCAGGGCGCUCGGCGAGCUGGCUGUCGUGUACCGCCACUUUGAGAGGCUAGGACGACGCCAAGCGGGCUACGAGGCCGCCCGGAAGCUGGGCCUCGAACACGAGAUGGAGCGCGCCGUCGGCAACCUGGGAAUGCUGAACUACCAGCUCUUCCUGGUAAAUGGGAAUAGGGCGUACCUGGACCUGGCCAUCAGGCGGCUGCGGAGCGCGGUCGAGGUUCCGGGGGGCCCCUGUGAUAUGGUCGCCAGGGUGCAGAGUGCUACUGCGCGAGAGGCGAUUGCCUUUGCUCGGUUGCCGCUUUGCUACACUGCCGAGAGCGACCGUGCAAGGGCGAUCGAGGCGGCGGUGGAGGGUCACUCGGCACUGGACUACGCAGUCUACAACGGCGACGAGCUGACGCAAAACAUGCUGAUCGAAGCGCUGCGACAGCAACUCAGCCACGAGGAGGUCAAGCAGCACCGGCUGGAGUCGACGCUUCGAAAGGGACAGAGGGAGCUGUUUCAGGAUAUCCUCCGGCCAGUGCUGCUGCAGCCAGACAAAAAGACCAGCCUCAGCCAGCUGCGGCGGGCCUACGCAGACACCCUGGGCGCGGACCAAGAAAAGGCAAGGCAGUUUGACAAGUUCGAGUGCGUGCGCUUUGGAGACUUUGCUCGGUGCGGUAGGCUACCCAAAGGCACCGGCAACUGGAUGCUGUGUUUUGGAGACGAUGCAGACGGUGAACUGUUUGUCAUUUUCAUGUCUUAUACGUGGGCCAACGAGAAUCCUUGCAGUGGCUGCGAGAUUUCCCCGGACAACGAGCGAAACACCAAGUAUCACCAUAUGAUCAGUGCCGUACAAAGUUUUCUCGAGGCAUAUGGCUCAUCGGACUGGGCUUGCAUCAACCAGUUAGACAGAGACAUACAGGCACGCGGGGUUGCGGCGCUGCCCAUCUCCCUGGCCCGAUGCAACGCCAUGAUCAGCAUCACCGACAACAAGUACUACGAACAGCUGCACAUCACAGAGGGCAGCGACGGCGGCGUCGUCCACAUCACCAAGAACUUGGCACAAGCCCUGCGUCGGCUCCGUCUCUCACAUGAGCCACGCACGCUGUGGGUGGACGCAAUAUGCAUUAAUCAGGACGACACGGAGGAGCGCGGCCGGCAGGUGGCCAUGAUGCAGGCAAUUUUCGGCUCGUGCGAGCGCUGCCUCGCGUGGCUGGGUCCUUUUUCCCACGGGGACGAGAAGCCCCGUCGGUUCGAAAUGGCCGAAGAGGAAUACAUGGCCUCGGCCAUGGAGUUCUUUGAGCGCAUUGCAGUCCACGACAUAGAGCUCCUGGGCAGCAAAAAGGAGACGGCAGAGACCAUCGCAUCUCUACCUUAUGGCAGACCCAGCCAUCUCGACCCCAACAAGGAGUAUUACCUCCUGUCCAGCACAGAGACCGUGAUGCUGUCGUUCCUGUUCCGCCGGGCCAAGCUGUGGGACCGCGCCUGGUGCGUGCAGGAACUGGCUUGUUCGCCGCGUCUGGUGCUCGUCGCGGGCGGUGCGCGGCUCGCCUGGGACCGGGUGGGGAGCUUUCUGUCCGCCGGUCACUACUCGGAUGCUUUCCACGGCUCGUUUGGCCACGGCUGGGUCAGGCCCAUCAUCGCGCAGACCUUUUCCAGUCCCAAGCGCAUCCAGGAGCAGCGGGAGAUCUUGCAGGACGCCAAGGCGGGGAAGCAUGACGACGGCAGUGCCGGCGCAUCCUCCCUGAUGGACGUGCUCGCCCGGUUUCGUCACCUCGAGUCUACGGACCCCCGCGACAUGGUCUUUGGUCUGCUGGGCCUCGUGGACCCGUCCCUGCGCGUGCCGGUCGACUACGCCAAGUCCACGGUCGAGGUCUUUAUUCAGACGACGGCCGCCAUCAUCAGCUCGCGUGCCAAUCUCGACGCCAUCUGCCAGAACCCGUGGUUUUCCACCUGCAAGGACGCCCGACCAGAAGGUCUGCCAUCGUGGGCCGUCGACUUUGCCAGCCAGGGCACGGGGGACCUGAUCUUUGCUCAGCGGGGUAUAUUUGCCGCGGGCAGACGGCGGUGCGAGACGCCCUGCCAGGUCGUCGCCGGGGUCGCCCUCAAGUGCCGCGGCCGGCGCUUCGGCAGCCCAGUGUCGGCUCCCGGCGUCGACACCGCCAAUGACCGGUUCCCAGCCCACAUGGGGCCGGAAGAGGUCAUAGCCGGGGCCCGCCGUCUGGGCUACCUCGAGCAGCCGGACAAGGUCUAUCCGGCCACGGGCGAGCGGGCGACGCAGGCCCUCUGGCGGACUCUGGUCAUGGACUGCGUCGCCUACCCGGUCCGCAGGCUGACGGCCGAACAGGUCGAAAAGGAGACCGAGAGCCUGGACGAGAUGGUUGGGAAGGUAGCCGCUCUGCCCAAAGACACCUCAUGGAGGGACAAGGAAAAGCUUUACAGAAGGCUGGAGUCCUACAUGAUGUUUAGGCGCAACCGUGAGACGUGGUACUUUUUCACGACCGACGACGGCAGGUUCGCCCUGGGCGGCAAGGAGGUCCGCGGGGGCGAUCUCGUGGCCGUCCUGGACGGCGCAAAGGUGCCCGUCGUGCUGAGGCCGACGGGCGAGAGCGUCGACGGCGUCGAGUGCUUCAGGUUUGUGUCUCCGGCCUACGUGCACGGCUCCAUGGACGGCGAGGAGGUGGAUGGGCCGGGGACGCAGGAUCUGCUCUUGGUUUGA